GAAAUCAUCGAUUUGACCCAUAUUUUAAGGUAAUUUCAGAAACUAUUCCUUAGCUAUCUAGCCUAUAUGAUAUGCCAUUUAAUACUGGUCACUAUAUAGGAUUGUAUUGGAGCUAUCGAUGGUACACAUGUGCGAGCAGGUGUUACCAAAGAUGUGGAGCCUUCUUUUCGUGGUAGGAAAGCCUUUACCACUCAAAAUGUGAUGGCAGCAGUAGAUUUUGACCUCCGCUUCACAUAUGUUUUGGCUGGAUGGGAAGGGUCCGCACACGACGCGACCGUCUUAGCUGAUGCAUUAACUCGUGAGAGAGGCUUACAAGUACCACCUGGAAAGUACUACCUAGUUGAUGCCGGUUAUGGAGCCAAGCCAGGGUUCUUGCCACCUUUUCGUGGUGUGAGGUACCAUUUGAAUGAGUGGGGCAACAAUCCGGUCCAAAAUGAUAAGGAGCUAUUCAACCUUAGGCACUCAUCUCUACGGGUGACGGUAGAGAGGGCUUUUGGAUCUCUCAAGAGGCGUUUCAAAAUUUUAGAUGAUGCCAAACCGUUCUUCACUUUCCCGGUCCAAGUCGACAUUGUUAUAGCUUGUUGUGUUCUUCAUAAUUAUGCACUAUCACAAGGGAUCGAUGAAUUCAUUAUACCGGAAGUGACAUGGACCACCCAACCAAUUCGAACAUCAAGGCAACAAUUAAGUGACAAUAGGGCCUUGGUAGACCAUAGGCUACAAAUUGCCACCCAAAUGUGGGAAGAUAGGCAACUCAUGUAUGCAAAUUUAUGA